AAGGGGGGGGGGGGGGGGGAUGGGCGACUCUCGAAUGCAAAGAUCCGACACAGAAGCAGAGCCCUGUUCCAUACACAGCACUAUAGCCAAACAUAAACACACAUUAAUACAUUACACCUUUAAAUAAAUCCGCCACCGUUUCACAUGGAAUCUACCGGAGACGCCCCAUGGAUGUAGUGCACCUGAAGGCGACGGGGGAUUUAACUUUCCCUGCAUUUCUGGGAGACGCCGAGAAGUUUGUUUGCCACCCCUGGAGAGGGAGCUACUUUUAGGGGCGGGCAAUCCAGGAAACGCCGAGGCCGACGGAGGGGCCUACUGGUUUGAUGUUGGGCUACUCCGAGGGACUCUAUUUCUUCGCCUCGCUUGUGCAAGUUUGUUAUGCAUCUUUAGGUCCCCCAUGACCGUAAGCCGUGGGCUACGGCUCAGCGGCGCCCCACCAUUGGAGUGGUUUGUCACUGUAGUGGGAGCCCUGUGAUUUCUCUAUCCACCGGCGAAAACCCCACCACCUCCCCUCCCCCCUCCCAUCCUGUCCCUUCCAUCCCCCUGUCCCCUCCCCGUCCCCCCUCUUCCCCUCCACCCCAAGCAUCGCCGUGCUGGACGUCAUGAGCAUAGUAAUCGCUCCUGGAGUCAACACACCUGAGACGUCUUACACAGAAAUGGCUGCUGGAUCAGACCCUGAGUCAGUUGAAGCAAGCCCUGCAGUAAAUGAGAAAAACUUCGACAACCACAGCUGUGGAAGUGCGCAAAGUCAUGGGUAUCGGGGACUACCAUAUGCUAUGCAACAGUCUUCCGUUGUGUGUUGUCAGGAUCACAACUACGGCGCGCCCCCUCCUCCCACCCCACCCGCUUCCCCACUCUCUCAAACCAUCAUCCCCCGACUGGAUAUCAAUGGCGUGGUACGCAGUUCUCGCUAUCUUGAAACCACAGAGGACAACUCGGUGGACAGCGAUAGCUCGUCCGAGGAGGAUGGGGCUGUAGCCGGCUGGUGUCACUGCACUCUGAUGCCAGACGGCUUGCUCAUUAAAUGUGACAAUUGCAGGGGUCUUGAUAGAAGGAAAGGAACAGACGGCCAGCACAGGAAAAAUGAAAAUGUCUCAGCUGGAGAGAGCAGUGGCACAGAGAGUGGCGAUGAAGAGGUGUCACCAUCCACCAUCUCCUACACCGCCACCCAGCACACGCCCACCAGCAUCAAGCUCACCGUCAACCGAGUCAAAAGGAGUAAAUCCAAAAAGAGAAAGAAGAGUACAGAGAAGUCCCGUGGAACACCAAAGGGCAAGAAAGUCAAAGCAUUUAGAGAAGGUUCUAGGAAGUCUAUGAGGAUGAAGAACUCGGCGACGGAUGCGAGCGUGUUGGACGAAAACACAGCAGAAGGAUGGGAGAGUAAAAUCCGUCAGUGGACGGACCAGUACGAGGAGGCUUUAGCCAACCAGUACAGCGCCGACAUCCAGACGCUGCUCAAGCUUCAUCGAACUGUCAGCACCUCUGAUCCGAGCGCAGAGGCUCCAUCUGCCGCACAGAGCUCACUGGAAGGCAUGGACACCAUCAACCGCACCGAGCUGGCCUGUAACAACACAGUUUUGGGCUCUCAGAUGCAGCUGCAGUUGGGACGAGUAACACGAGUGCAGAAGCACAGGAAGAUCCUUCGUGCAGCCAAGCACCUGGACCCAGACGCCCUGAUCAUCGAGUAUCGAGGGAAGGUCAUGCUCAAGCAGCAGUUCGAGGUCAACGGGCACUUCUUUAAGAAGCCCUACCCAUUUGUGCUGUUCUACUCCAAGUUUAAUGACGUGGAGAUGUGUGUGGAUGCCAGGACUUUUGGAAAUGACGCCCGCUUCAUUCGAAGAUCCUGUACACCAAACGCAGAGGUGCGACACAUGGUUGCUGAGGGGAUGAUCCACCUGUGUAUUUAUGCCGUCAGUGAGAUCACUAAAGAUGCUGAGGUCACUAUUGGAUUUGAUUAUGAGUUCAACAGCUGUAUCUACAAGGUGGACUGUGCUUGCCAUAAGGGGAACCAAAAUUGUCCUGUGCAGAAACACAACAUAAGCCCCAAGGAGAGCCUGCUGAGCCCCACGUCUGCACCGCCGCCCUCGCCGUUGGUUGGUGCCGAGACCCGACAGAGAAAGGCUCGCCGGAGAGAGCUGGAGGGGAGCCUGGGCGGAGAUAGCAGUCAGACCCCCAGCCAGCAGCAGGAGGCCAAAGAGCUCCAGGGAAACAGUGAUGCUGAGGGGCUGCCAGAUGAGGUGAAGCUGGAAGAAGUGGAGGAAGGAGAGGUGGAUGAGAAUGGGAUUGCCAUCUCCAGUAAAAAAACACUCAACAGUCUGGAAAGGAGACGGAGGAGAGCAGAUGUAAAGGAGGACAGCGUGGAAGCAGAAGAGGGUACAGGAACUCCCCCCAUAGCCCAAAACACGGGGGUAGGGAUCACCACACGACGCACUUCCUAUGUCACGGAAGUACCAUCUAUUGAAGAAAAGACCUCUUCACCAAACUUGCCUGCUCCAGCUGCCCCUCCGAAACCCGCACGGCCUUCCAAACCUCGUCCCAAGAGCCGAAUCUCACGCUACCGCUCAAGCUCGUCCCAGCGUGCUCGACGACAGCGUCAAGCACUUGCCCAGCAGGCGGCUGCCUCAGCUCCUGCACCGGACCAAAACACAGGUCCGGAAGAGGAGGCUCCUCAUGGCCUGUUUGGUUCUGAUCUGGGGCAAGGGGACAGCGGGCUCGGCGCUGGUCGCCUCCUCGAUGGAGACGGCCAGAAUCUUAACUGCAUAAGCAGAGGCAACCUGCGUUACCCCAAGACCAAAAAGUAUCUGGUGACAGAGUGGUUGAAUGAAAAGAUUCCUGGAGGGGAGAAGGUCCCACAGGAGCCACCUAUUGAGCGGCCGCUGCGUAUUACCACUGACCCAACGGUGCUGGCCACCACCCUCAACAUGUUGCCAGGCCUCUCGCACUCAUCUGUUAUCUGCACAGCGCCAAGACACUAUGUGCGCUUCGGCUCACCUUUCAACCCCGAGAGACGCCGUCCACGUCCACUUCAGAUGGACGGCACCUAUGGCUGCUUUAAAAAGAGAUGGAUCAAGCAAGUGGAGGACGAGAGCUGUUCAGCCAGUGUGGAGGACGGUACAGAAUCCACUUCCUCCCAGCAAAGCACCAGCAGCAGAUCCACCCCAAAUCCCUUGUCCAGCGAACUGAACGCACCUUUCAAGAAGCGCCAUGCAAAGUGUAUGACAGAGACGACGUCGACGCCUUCUGACCACCUGCUUCGCCCAUUGUCGCCCAUCACGCCGCCUCUCCCUGAGGACCCCAUACUUCCCCUGCUUCAAAACACAUUUAUUAGCUCCUUGCUACCCAACGGCCUCGCAUAUUCACCCAUGCCCUCACUUCCCACCAGCCGCUGCAACACACCUCUGCAAUUUGAAAACAUAUCAUCCCCCGAGGCAUCACCCGUUCACAGGCCAGAAUCUAUAUCUCCUGAGCCAUGUCUCCAGACAGACUUUGACAUCCCUCGGAGUCAGUUCCCAGAUCUUUCACUGCCCUCUAGUUUGGAGAGCCCCAUGGCCGGACCCUCAGAGGACUUUUCCAUCCCCGGAACAUCUUUAGGCAAUGAUUCCCAGGAAUCCCUCUCAGCGGGAAUCACUUCCUUGAAGCAAGUGUCCACUGCCACCUCAGACCGAGCCCUGAAAAGCAGGGAGCAGGCCUUCAGGACAGAGUUCAACCUCAUAUACACGUGCUCACCCCUCAACGCUAACUUGGCAAACCAUGCUGCCACAGACCGACGUCUCUCUCUCUCGGAGGAAGGUCUCUCCCCCGCACAGUCGUUCCACAAUUCUUUGAGUAGCCAGGGGCUACAUGGGGACGUUGGGCCCAGCUGUACGUCGCCUUUUAACGAACUUCAUUAUGGGGGAGGCUACCCAGAGAGUGGCACACCUCCACACACCAGCAACCCGCCACAAAAAAAGAAGAGGGCCACCCAGCAUACCCUUAGUCUGCUGACAGGGAGGCCAGAUUACCAGGCUAUAGCUCUAAGAAGUCAAUACAAGGCUGUUCAAAAUAUGGUGUCCUUGUUGGAGUACCGCAAGCGGAAGCAGGUUGGCGGACGCGACCCCGAGCUGUCCAGCUGUAGUUCAUCCCUGGGCAGCACCCCCACGCAGCCUGGUACGCACUACAGCCAGGAGAGCCUCCAUCCCCAUUACCUGAUGCAGCCCCUUGCCUCCCCGCACAAUUCCACAUCUUCAUCGGGACUCGGCAGUUCUGUUCCUCAGAUUGAGGAGGUCAGUCCUCCGCACCACCAUGGCUCUUCAGUGCAGGCCAGACAUGAGGAGAACAACAAUCAGUGGAUGGUUCCCACCACUGUUGAACGUCUACGAGAAGGUCAGGGAGCAUUGGAGCGAGUGCUCAGGAGCAUCAAGAUGGAGCGAAUGUACAAGAGGAGCAAUAGUUCUACUGAGAAAGAAUCUGAUGCAGAUCACCUGCAGUCCCCCAUGAAGAGUCCAGCACAAAGAUACAGCCCAUCUAUGUAUUCCCAUCAGGCAUCGGACCUAGGCACCGACAGUCCCUCGCUGCAUCAACAAGCCCCCGCGUCUCCGUUUGGACCUUGCUACAGUCCCACACCAGGCCACGGCUUCUACACAGGCCCGUCUCAGGACCUCCUUCCUUCCUCCUUCCCCGCUCACACGCCCACAACCUCGUCGGAAAGCAAGCUGGCGGCGGAGUCGCUACACCGGCCGAGCGGCGACACCGACGGAAGCCGCGGUUACGGCGCCCACUUAAAGGCGAGCCGUUUGAGCAGCGGCGGCGGUCCGGUGGCGCCCGCCGCUGCACCGUGGGCCCACGGACAGACUAAGACUGACGUGAGCGACGUCGGAGGGAGUCAGCAGCAGCUUUCACAAAACGCCAGGUCAGCAAGUACCGGGCAGGCCGGCGCCAGGCUGCUGUCCGCCUCCGGACCAACAAACUACUCACAGCGAGCGGCGAGCAUCAGCCAGUUCCAGAACCCCCCGCUACAGAACCCAGGAGUACGAACACAGUCUGGAAGCUUUUAGCAGGCAAGCGACUCCUCGUGUAAAAACCACAACUUUUCUCCUUUUUUGUUGCUCUUAUCCUUCUUUUCUGUUCCAGCAACAUUCUUGCACACUUUGGACACAAUCGUGAACACUUUGAAGCGCACACCCAGAAUACGAAAGAAAUCACUUGUAACUUGAAAUUCUUUAUUUGUGCUGGACUUUAACGACCAGACCUUGGAGUGUCCAAAAGCAAACACAAAGAUUUUUUUUUUUUCUUCCUCUUUUUUUUGUUUGUUUAUUGAAUUAGGCAAAUAAGGUGUGCUGCAGUCGUGAAGUGUUGCUGUGCAAACAGGAGAAGCAGAGUUGGGUCAUUCCGUUGUUGUCUUUCUCCCAGGACCUUCUGUCGCCCGCCGGCUGACCAUUGGAGCGCAGACGUUAGUAACUGUUGUACUUGAGCCAUACAGCUCCCAUCCUUCAUGGUGCUGCAAUCUUCUUUUCACCCAAUAAAUGUCCCAUUCAGACACCUUCCUCA